AGAGAGCAACUACUAAAGGGAUAAAAUAUGACUACUAUUAGUGAUGAUCAGUGAUUAGUGUGAUUAGUGCGUGCGAUUCAUUGUGUUUGUGUAGUAGUGAGUGACUUUGGGUUGGGUUUCGUCUCAACUCAACAAACGUCGUCGUUCUCCCAUUUCCAAUCUUUCUCCAAUGGCUUCUUCUGCUUCCUUAAUCAACUCGUUGACUUGCUCUUCGCCUGCACCCACUCAGCACUGUUUCGCCUUCACCCGCACCACCGCCACCGCUACCGCCACGUCACUGAGACAAUUCAACAGCCACCGUCCGCCCCCACUCACCACGAGGAUCUCCUCGUCGCCUUCCACCGUUGUCUGCAAAGCUGUCUCCGUUAAGCCCCAAACCGAAACCGAAGGUCUCAACAUUGCUGACGAUGUCACACAGCUCAUAGGGAAAACGCCGAUGGUUUACCUCAACAAUAUCGUGAAGGGUUCUGUGGCCAAUAUUGCUGCGAAGCUUGAGAUUAUGGAGCCCUGUUGUAGUGUCAAGGACAGGAUUGGUUUUAGUAUGAUAAAUGAUGCUGAGCAGAGAGGAGCUAUAACACCUGGGAAGAGUAUAUUGGUGGAACCUACUAGUGGGAACACAGGAAUUGGUCUUGCCUUUAUAGCAGCUUCAAGAGGAUAUAAGCUAAUUUUGACAAUGCCUGCUUCAAUGAGUUUAGAAAGACGGGUUCUUUUGAAAGCAUUUGGGGCCGAGCUUGUUUUGACUGAUGCAGCAAAGGGCAUGAAUGGAGCAGUACAAAAAGCUGAAGAAAUUUUAAAAAGUACCCCCAAUUCAUACAUGCUUCAACAAUUUGAUAAUCCUUCAAAUCCUAAGGUUCAUUAUGAGACAACUGGCCCGGAGAUAUGGGAAGAUACUAGAGGAAAGAUAGAUAUUUUAGUUGCAGGAAUUGGAACCGGUGGAACUGUUUCUGGAGCUGGCCAAUUCCUAAAACAACAAAAUCCGAAAAUACAGGUUAUUGGCGUAGAGCCUCUGGAAAGCAACAUACUUACAGGUGGAAAGCCAGGACCUCACAAAAUUCAGGGUAUUGGGGCUGGUUUUGUGCCCAGGAAUUUGGAUCAAGAUGUGCUUGAUGAAGUUAUAGCGAUAUCAAGUGAUGAAGCAGUUGAAACUGCAAAGCAAUUAGCACUCCAGGAAGGCUUGCUGGUGGGAAUUUCUUCAGGAGCUGCAGCUGCAGCUGCUUUGAAGGUUGGAAAGAGGCCUGAGAAUGCAGGAAAGCUUAUUGGGGUUGUCUUCCCAAGCUUUGGUGAAAGAUAUUUGUCAACUAUUCUUUUCCAGUCAAUACGGGAAGAAUGCGAGAAAAUGCAACCUGAGCCAUGAAUUGACUUUGCUUGUUAAUGUUUCAUACUCAUUUUCCACAAGUAUCUGUAUGGAAUGACAGUGUCAGAUGUCCAUGUUAUGCCCGUGUUUCUCAUUUUUGACACUCAAGAAAUUAGAUAACUGUGUACAGGUCAUUGAUUUGACUUACAACACAGAUUAAUGACCCUUGAUUGAAGAAAUUUUAGAUGUAAUAAUUAUUGGCAUUGAUGACAACGUAGCAAAUUUCUGCCUUAUGUUCGCUAUUAAAAAAUAAUUGAUGAAACAGUUUAUCUAUUUCUUUUUGUACACUGCCUUCUCUUUGGACUCUAACCCUUUGUUUGGUUAGAGAAGAAAAGAGAGGAAAUGAAAGGAAAUUUUCAAAAA